GCCGCGGUCUUGUCCAGCAGCUCGUCCGCAGUCGUUCGCAGGAGCGGCCGAAGCGAAGCCCGAGAGCCCGGCCCCGUAGCCGCGGCCUGGCAGGCCUUCUACUGUGAAGUUUGGUUAGCUACAGCCUCUUCACAGAGAGUUCCCUUGCACACGGUGGGCUUCAGAGCCAUGGCCACCGAGGAGAAGAAGCCGGAGACAGAGGCUGCAAGAGCACAGCCCACCCCUUCCUCAUCGGCCACGCAAAGCAAGCCCACCCCUGUUAAGCCAAACUACGCUCUGAAGUUCACCCUGGCUGGCCACACAAAAGCCGUGUCCUCUGUGAAGUUCAGCCCAAAUGGGGAGUGGCUGGCAAGUUCGUCGGCUGAUAAACUCAUUAAGAUUUGGGGAGCAUAUGACGGGAAGUUUGAGAAAACCAUAUCUGGUCACAAACUGGGAAUAUCCGAUGUAGCCUGGUCAUCAGAUUCUAACCUCCUUGUGUCAGCUUCCGAUGACAAAACCUUGAAGAUAUGGGAUGUGAGCUCAGGAAAGUGUCUGAAGACCCUGAAGGGCCACAGUAACUACGUCUUCUGCUGCAACUUCAACCCCCAGUCCAACCUCAUCGUCUCAGGGUCUUUUGAUGAAAGUGUGAGGAUAUGGGACGUAAAAACGGGGAAGUGCCUCAAGACUUUGCCUGCUCAUUCUGAUCCAGUCUCAGCGGUCCAUUUUAAUCGUGACGGAUCGUUGAUAGUUUCCAGUAGCUAUGAUGGCCUCUGCCGCAUUUGGGACACCGCUUCGGGCCAGUGUCUGAAGACGCUCAUCGACGAUGACAACCCCCCGGUGUCCUUUGUGAAGUUCUCUCCGAAUGGCAAAUACAUCCUGGCAGCAACUUUGGACAACACGCUGAAACUCUGGGACUACAGCAAGGGGAAGUGCCUGAAGACAUAUACUGGUCACAAGAAUGAGAAGUACUGCAUAUUUGCUAAUUUCUCUGUGACCGGUGGGAAGUGGAUUGUGUCGGGCUCAGAAGAUAACCUGGUGUACAUCUGGAAUCUGCAGACCAAGGAGAUUGUGCAGAAGCUUCAGGGGCACACAGAUGUUGUGAUUUCAACAGCUUGUCACCCGACAGAAAACAUCAUUGCCUCAGCUGCAUUAGAAAAUGACAAAACAAUUAAACUGUGGAAGAGUGACUGCUAAGUCCUUCUGGUACAUGAGAAAGACUGUAGGGAUUCUGACCUGGAUUGGCAAGAAACGCAAGCGUGGCAGAGGCGCCAGGUUGGGCCUGGGUGGACAGGCCUGACACACCUUUACACUGAAGACAUCAGCUGAGGGGAGUGUGCACCACUGGAGUCUGAUGACCACUGUGACAUUUCUUGCCAAUUCUUCUAUCCUCGUCCAGGGACAGUACCUGGUUUUGUGCUCAGAGGCAACACAAAAUUUUUAAUUUUUUAUUACAAAAGAAUGAGUUCAACUCAUCAUGGGUUGUGUUUCUCCUGGUAAUUGUUCUGUACCCUUUUGAUAUUUUAUUGCUGUGCUGGGACAGGCCCUGCCUGGUCCUUGUGACCCACAGCCCCCCUCCUACCUUCCCGUGCCACAGGGACGUUGUCCCGUCCAUGCUCCCUGCCUGUAGUAGCCCAGCCUGUUUCCAGAAGGUUGUGAGUUGUUGCCGUGUCAAGUCCUUUGUAGUUUUGGAGCUCGUAGGUCCACACUGACCACAUGGAGGCUGCAGUUCUCUCAUCUCACUGGCGUCACUCAGCAAGCUGCACACACUGUAAUAAAAGGUGGGAUUUUGCAUCUGCUAAUGGCCGCUGAGUUCUGAGCUUGUCUCACCUGGCUUUUAGAAAUCAUCCCAUCCCUCUCCCCUUCUCCCCCUCACAUCCAGGGCCAGAGACCAAGAGGCCUCUCUGCAAGAAUAAGCCUCUGGUGUAUCUCUGCUCUCCUGAUGGCCAGCCACUUUGGGUCCCGAGUGCAGUCCAAGGAGGGGCUCUUAUCAGGUGGAAGGGAGCAGAACCCUGCGGCUCAUAUGGAGGUUCUGGUCCCGCUUCCAGGUUGGACUCCUGUGUGAUCUGCACAGAAUGGAGAAGGGUUCAGUUUUGUGGCUGCCCCAGAAAGGCACAGCAUCUUGGCAUCCUCUAGACCCAGCUUCUCAUAGGGUACUGGGUUUUGCCCCCAGAGUCUUCCUCUCAGUCCCUGCCCCAGCUGGAGCCUCUGGUGUCCUGUCUUCCCAGUGACCAGAAGGGAGAGGAGGUGCCGAGCUCACAGCUGCUCUGGACCUGGAGCAGGCAGCUCCAUCUUUGUUGAAGCCUAAACCUGUGAUCUCCAGUGGUUGCUGUCCAGCCGGCAAGACAAUGCUAAAGAUGUUGGGAAGACUGCUGCCGGCCCUGUUCUUCCUCUGGGAAGAUGCGCACAGGCUGUCUGCUUGAAGAAGCAGUUGCUACAGAAAUAGGGUAGUGUGCCUGGGGCGUGGGUGCUGGGGCUCCCACCAUCUUUUGAGUAUAAAUUCACCAGGGUUCAAGUCAUUGGCAUGACACAUUGUGGGGGUGUGGCCUAGGGGUAGCCCUUUGAGGGGGAGGGAGCUUGCUAUGCUGAGCGCAGUAUCCCUGAGGAUAGUUUAUUUUUUCUACAGUUGAACUCUGUUGUAGAUUUAUGUAAAAAUACAAUUCUCUUUUUGAAAAUAAAGAUUUUCAUGUCUUGUAA